AUACGGAUUUACUUUUGGCAUCUCUGAAGAAAAUCAAGCAUCAUCCUCAAAGAUUAAAUUUGUUUAGUAAGACGAUCUCAUCGGAUACCAACGCUAUGUCUUCAUCAACAUCGGAUACAGAUUCAACCUUCUCACCAUCGCAUGGUUUCUUCAGUCAAAUGGGCAGUCAUCUUCAACAUCGAUCGUCAUCAUCAUCAUCUUCAUCAAGUACAACAAAUAAUCAUGAUGACAACUCCAAUUAUCUGUUUCCGUGUUUACAACAUUUGACUCAACUGGAUAUCGAAGGGGCUUUUCCUAGUGAACGAUCAUACAAAUCUUAUGGUCAUGAAAUGUAUUGUUUUGGUGAAAUCAAAAAAGUGUUAUUACAAUUUGGGAAGAAGGAAAAUAAUGAAUCCAUCGACGCAGCAACUGCACAACAACAACAGCUUAGCGAGGGCCACUAUGCACUCUAUCAAUUCUGGCUUUUACUUCGAUCUCAUAUGUUACGUGGAGAUGGUCUAUUAUUACAGCAAGAUCAACCGCAAGAUAAUGAUCAUCGUGAACGUGUAGCUUCAUUGGAUCCACACCAACAACACUCAAGACAACAAAUCGAUCUACGACGUGAUUUUCGACCUGCUUGGCUUCCGGAUUCCUUGGUGCAAUUUAUCCAAAUCACAGAACAAGAUGAUCCUUCCUCUUCUGUCAAAAUUGAUCUGAUAGCAUGUCCUCUUUGUAGUCGAAAUGUGGCAUCAUCAUCCUCUGGGCUGGCUUCCAGGUCAACAACAACAACAAAAACAUGUAUCGAUCGCGUGCCAUGUCAUGUCUGUCAAAACCUUACACCAAUGGUAUGUGCUCAAUGUCGAUGUCAUGCUUGUCAUGCAGUCCUAUGCCGCCGAUGUCAUCAACUUCAUCAAUCAAGAUUACGUCAAUCCCAACAACGACAACGACAGCAACAACAAUUACAGCGACAACAAGGACAACGAUCAGAAGGAAGGAUUCAUCAGCGACAUCAAGAUUCCAUGAGAACAACAACAUCACGAUCAGUCAACUCUGUUUCUAGAACCGUGGUAACAGCAACAAGGAUAGAAGAGUCAUCAUCAGCAUCAACCAAUCAUGAAGCACAUAAGGAUGCAUUAUCAUCAUGGCAUGUAUUACGGUGUCAUCAAUGUCAUCUCCUUAAACAAACAUGUGGUCGGCCUUCUUGUGUGAAUAUGGAAAACAAAUAUCAUCAUCAUCAUCAUCAAAAAUGGAUAUGUGCCACUUGUCAACAACAGAAAUGGAUCAAACAACAACGAAAAUCAACAUCAAGGUUUUUUAAAAAAUCAAGGCAUUGGUCUCAUUGGAUUUAGUUUAGUC